AUGCCCAAAUCUUUUUUAGGCAAUCCUGCAUUGGACCAUGCCGUUGCCGGAUUCACAGCUGGCGCUGUCUCUACGAUAAUUUUACAUCCUUUGGAUUUGGUAAAGACGAGAUUUCAAGCCGAUGAUUCGAUCAAAAGUUUAAGUAGACGUCAUUUUGGUGCUACAUUCAAUGCAUUGAGCUCAAUUGUUCAUAAAGAGGGAAUUAUAGGACUCUAUCGGGGAGUUUCACCAAAUUUAGCUGGUUCAACAGCCAGUUGGGGUUUUUAUUUUUAUUGGUACGAUUUAAUAAAACGAUGGAUGGCUAAUGGGGAUAAAUUAACAAAACUCUCACCGGCACAAAAUUUAUUGGCAUCAGCUGAGGCAGGUGCUAUAACGGUUUUCAUGACAAAUCCAUUUUGGGUGGUUAAAACUCGGAUGUGCGUUACGAGCCGUAAAGAUCCGGAAGCUUAUAAAGGAUUGAUAGAUGGCCUGUACCAGAUAGCAAAGUACGAAGGAAUUCGUGGCCUAUAUAAGGGGUUGGUCCCAGGAUUACUAGGCGUAUCUAAUGGUGCUUUACAUUUUAUGUUUUAUGAGGAAAUGAAAAAAUGGAGAUUAAAGAUUUCUCCUGAAAAAGAUCGUGAACGAUUGGACAAUAUUGAAUAUAUUUUGGUGGCUGGGUCUUCGAAAACAAUAGCUAAUGUAGCAACAUAUCCAUACCAACUAAUUCGCACACGAUUAAAUAAUCAAAAAUUUGUUAUAAAAUAUAAUGGCGUAAUUGAUGUGAUAAGGAAAGUUUAUAGUACUGAAGGAUUAUUGGGAUUUUAUAAAGGUUUGGCUCCAAAUACAUUGAGAGUUCUUCCAAGCACUUGUACUACAUUUUUAGUUUAUGAAAAUAUGA